AAUCUAGUAUACCAGUAUCUGCUAUCAGGGUGUAAACAGUUUAGAGAAAAGUCUUAAAUAAGACAUGAGAAUUGACCACCAUGCUAAUGCAGUAUACAUACAUGUACACAAUUGCGUAUUAGGUUUGUCAUAGAAAUCAGUUGGGUCGGUAAAGUUCAAAGAAGGCGUGGCUUUUUAUCCAAUAGCGUACAUUGCAUCAUUUAAGUCUGAGGCAAAUCAAAGUUUUAACAUUCUUAGUGACUCUUAUUUUUUUUACACAUACAUGCCAUGUUAUGAAAGUAAAACUAGAACUGCAUGAACAACAAUCAUGAGGUUUCAAAUUGUAUAAGGAACGACUAAUAUAAAGACUGCUGGUUUCACUUUCAUAGUGUGUCAUUGGAACUAUCAUUAGGUGUCUGUUUUGGUUUUUAUAUUAUAUUUAUAAAGGUCCUUCAUUUUCUCUUUGAUCAGUUGUGUUAAGGCUCUGGAUUAAGACACAUUGCCUGUGUCUAGAUUCAAAGUCUUCAUUUCAUAUUAUAUAACAGCAUCUAAAAGUUUCAUAAGAUGACUUCAGAAAAAAUCCUGUUUGUGUUUGACUUUGAUCACACGGUGAUUGAUGAUAAUAGUGACUUGUAUUGUAAACGACUGGCACCUGGCGGGAAGAUUCCCCAGGAGAUCGAGGAAACCUAUAGUGACCUGGGUUGGACCCAUUAUAUGGGACUUAUAUUUGAUUACCUCCACAAACAUGGCGUUACAGCUGAACAGUACCGAGAAUGCAUGAACGAAAUUCCGCUGACGGAUGGUAUGCGAGAACUCAUCGAACACGUAGCCGAAAAAGGCCAUGAAUGUAUCAUUGUUUCCGAUGCGAAUUCGGAGUUUAUUGAUUAUAUUUUAACUGAAACCGGUCUUAAAAAUGCUUUUUCCCGAGUGUAUACAAAUCCUGCCAAAUAUGACGCAGAAGGAAGAUUGACUAUAGAGUAUUACCACACCCAGGACUGGUGUGAUCUAAGUACUGUCAACCUGUGUAAGGGUCAAAUAGUGGUGGAUCAUAAAGAAACACGGGAGCGGGAAGGAACACAAUAUAAGUGUGUCGUACUGGUUGGGGACGGAAAUAACGACUUUUGUCCCGCACUCCGACUGUCGGAAAAAGAUGUGGUCUGUCCGAGAAUUAACUACAGGCUCUGGAAGAAGAUCCAAAAGUUUAAGUCUGAAUCAGAGGAAGGAAAGGAUGGACUGAAAAUACAGGCUCAGGUCGUAAACUGGACUUCCGGAUUAGAAAUUCUAGAAUUUUUGAAAACAUUGAAUUGAUAGCAACUAAUGAUUGAUGGUUUUGGUGGUUAUGGUGCAAGUUAUCUUAUGUGAUUCAAUGUUAUACUUACAUUGUAGAUACAAUGUUAUUUCAACAAAUUAAAAAGGAUAUGUAUAAUUAUUGUUAUUAUUAACAUAAAUCUCAAAAGUAAAAAU